CAUGAAGUUCCUCGCUGUCGGCCUGGCGUCCCUAACGCUUACCUCCGCCGUCUCAAUCGCGCAAAAAGCCAACUACGACGGCUACCAAGUAUACCGCGUGAACGUAGGCUCAGACCGCUCCAAGCUUAGCGAUAUCGUUAGCAGCCUUAAGCUCUCAACAUGGAAGGGCAAGGUCGAAACUAGCGACGUCGUCGACGUAAUGGUGCCGCCAUCCCAACUCUCCGACUUCAAACAAUCUACCGAAACGCUUAACACCAAACUCAUGCACGAAAACCUUGGCGCCUCUAUCUCCGAAGAGACAAAAUUCCACGUCUAUGCAUCCGGUGCAGCUCCAAACUCGACAUGGUGGGAUUCCUACCAUUCCAUUGCCGACCACACACAAUUCCUUAAAGACCUAGCUGCCGCAUAUCCGGACAAUUCUGAAAUCAUCAGCGCUGGAAAGUCCCUUGAGAACCGGGACAUCACGGGAAUCCAUAUCUGGGGAAGCGGGGGAAAGGGUUCGCAGAAGGGUGUGGUUUGGCAUGGAACUGUGCAUGCGCGAGAAUGGAUUACUACUAUGGUGGUUGAAUACGCAGCAUACACGCUUCUCGCAUCAACGGACGCCGCGGAUAUGGCCUUCAAGGACAAAUACGACUUCUACAUCUUUCCGAUUGUGAAUCCAGAUGGCUUUGCGUACACGCAGACUAACGACCGCAUGUGGCGUAAGAACCGCCAAUCCACCUCAUCUGCUAGCUGUGUCGGACGAGACAUCAACCGCAACUGGCCGAAUCAGUGGGCGCAAGACGGAGGCGCUAGCACGCAGCCCUGUGCACAAGACUACAAGGGACAGGCGGCAGGCGAUGGUGUUGAGACUAAACAAUUAAAAGCUCAAAUAGAUAGUGUGGCGGCUGGAAAGGGCGUCAAGAUGUACAUGGAUUUCCACUCGUACUCGCAGCUCUUUAUGUACCCAUACGGUUACACCUGCAGCGGCACAAUCCCCAACUCCGCGACCUAUGACAAACUAGCCCGCGGCGCAAUCGCCGCCAUCAAAGCUGUCAACGGCGUCUCCUUCCAACCUGGUCCCAUCUGCACUACCAUCUACCAAGUGUCCGGUGAUUCUGUAGACUACGCGUACCAAGUGGCAGGCGCCGAGUUUUCUAUGACGGUGGAGUUAAGGGACCAGGGGACUUAUGGGUUCGUAUUGCCGACGAAUCAGAUUCGCCCGAGUAGUUUGGAGAUGUGGGCGGGGUUGAAGUAUGUUUUGGGGAAUAUGUGAUGGGAGGGAAGGGGAAGGGUGGAUGGGAGUUUGCAUUCUUGGAGUAGGCUGG